AACCGUUUGACAUUACAUUGACGCGGAUCGCCACGAGCAUCGCGCAUGUGACAGUUGGGAAUGACUUAAAAAGAAAGCAAUCUCAUAAUGACGGACGAAGUACGGCCAGAAGUGAUAAAAAAGACACAGGAUCUACUCGGAAAAUAUUUCAAGAAGCCGCCGUUAACUGAAAAACUGCUCCGAAAACCGCCUUUCCGCUUUCUGCACGAUAUUAUAACAGCUAUCAUUAAAGAGACAGGUUUCUUGAAAGGAUUGUUCACCGAGGAAGAAUUGAAUUCGGACAACAUAAAGGAUAAGGAAGCAAAGCUUGCCUUCUUGACAAAACUCAUCGAUGUUGUUAAAUUAAUAUCGGGUGCUAACUUAACGGUUAGAGCUAGCAAGAUUAUUUCCGGUCAAGAGCCGGCGAAGACAAAUGAAUUGCUGCAAGCUAUUGGAAAAGCUAUUAACAAGAAAGUCAGCAGUGCAGAGGCGAUCGAGCAUUACAAGAAGAGCUUGGAGAAAAAAAACAAAACAGGAUCCAAGUCAAAAUCCACGACCAAAGAGGAAACUCUGAAGAAGCAUGUACCAAGGCAGGCUUCGCAGACGAGAAAAUCAUCAGAGAAAGAUAAGACUUCGGGGGAACGGAAGAGAAGGUCGUCCAGCACGGGGAAAGUAGCAUCAGGUGAAUCGAAAGGCGCGAAUAAUGACAAGGCUGGCGAGCAAGCAACGAAGGAGAAAAGAACGGAUAAAGAGAAAGAGAACAGCUCGAAAAAUACUAAAGCCAUAGAUAUCCCACCAGCCGAGCCAGUUGAAGACAAAAUUCCUGUUUCAUUGCAAAGGAGAUCUUCUUCGUCCGCUAAGGUGAAGCAGAAUUCCACGGAAUCAGUGGCUGAAUCGAUGAAAGAGGAGCAGCCACAACGUAGGAAUUCAUCUAGCAGAGUAAAACGCUCGGUGCAAAUGAAUGAUUCACAGGAGAAGAUCGCAAAUUUGCCUUCAGAGACCCUUAAUAACAAAGAGCAAGAUAAAUUAGCAACGAGCAAUCUCAACAAAGAAAUCAAGGAAAAUGGUAUAACGGAAGAAGAUAAAUCGCAGCAACGAGGCACCGAUAGAAAUGAUAUGUCAGCGUUAGACCUUGCAGGAGCACAAAUCGACACCACUGAAACAACCGUCUUGCAACAAUCAAAUGCGAGGCCUACAACUUCGCUAAGGCCACCCAGCGCCAGACCGAUCAGUGCCAGACCAGCGGCUCCUAGGAUGCGAGUAAAGGCGGAGUUGAUCGUCAAUGAGGAGAUACAAACGCCGCUGGGAAAUAUCAGCGUCAUUGUAGAAAACUCCGACUUGAAGGAUGACGACGACGAUGACGCCGAGGAUAUGGUCGUCAUGGAAGCCAAGGGAAGUGGCAAUGACUUUUUAGAGAACGGAGAUUACAAGAUAGACAAUCAGCUGAUGCAGGAGCACGGGCAUCUCGUGGCACAGAUCUUGGAGACCCAGAGGGAAUUGGUCAACACCGACAACGUCGAUGUGUUGCCGAAGAAAGUGGACAUCGCAUGGGAAGGUUCGAAACGUGACCGAGAAGCGACGGCUAAGGAAAUCGACAAAUUACGAGGGACUAUACAGACGUUAACGCGUACGACAAAUCCGCUGGGGAAACUGUUGGAUUACGUACAGGAAGACGUAGAGAUGAUGCAGAAGGAAUUAUUUGACUGGAAAAGCCAAUAUCGUCAAUUAAAUGAACAGCUGGAAAGAGAACAAAUAGAAACGCAAGAGAUGGUAGAGCCUAUGAAGAAUACGUUAACAGAAAUUGACAACAACAUAAAGACUCAACUGAAUAAGAUACGUCAAAUAAAAGCGCAAGUCAUGAAAAAUGAACAAAAGAUCCGUCGAUUACUUAAUGGUAACUUAUAAGUAGCUUAAUUGUUAGGAUAGAUUAUUGUACAUAUCUUUGUAAUCCAUUAAAUAAUUAACUAUGUUACCAUAAACUUAGUUACCCAGAUGUUAGUAAUAGCCUAGGCAAAAGUUCCAUGUAUAAAAACUUUUAUGAACGUGAAGAAAAUAAUUUUAUUAAUUUGUUCUGUAUUUUUAACGCUUAAACAUGUUUACGAAGAAAAUAUUUCUUACAACUGUUAUUUACAUAUAAAAAUAUACAUGACAAAC